AUGGAGGUUGAUGAUUUAGAUAGUUCGAAAGUUCCAGAAAAAAAUAUAACUUCUUUAUCUCAAGACAAUUCGGAGAAUUCGAAGAUAGAAGAAGUCGAACUCACUUCUGACCACGAUAAUAAAACAGUUGAUCCUGAGGAAGAAACAGGAAAUAAGAGUAAAAAACAAAAACUCGACGAUUCUAUAGUAGGCGACUACUCUAACAAAGUAUCACAGAUUGAAACUUAUGAUAUGGCCACGGAUAUCAAUUACGAUUUCGAAUCAUUGGAGAUUUCAGAACCUACCAGAAAAGCUAUUAAGGAGGACGAUACCACUGGUCAUGAUGUUCUAGGCGCUGCUAAAACUGGAUCGGGUAACGUAUGGUCUUUUGCUUGUACUGCCAUGUCGUCGUUAUCAAACAUUUGGCAUAGUAAUACUAGACAAGCGGAGGUUCAAAAAUUAAACAAGGGCAUCAAUCUGUUGAUCGCCACACCAGGACCAUCUUUAGAAUACCAAGGGGUUUAUAUACAAAAACCUCCAGUUAAAGCAAAUAUUGGCCGAGGGGGAUUGAGCGGGUGA